CGUCGCGGGCGGCGGGGCCCGAGCGGCGGGAGGGGCGGCGGGGGCAGACAAAGCGGCUAAUGAAUGGGCGCGCCCUCCACGCCGUCCGCUGCCCGCCCGCGGGCCCGCGCCGCGCCCGGCCGGCGCCCAGGAAAUCCCAAAGGAUCAAGUAUGUCUUGUCAAGAUUUGGGGGAUCCCGUCUUUAAGGCUAGAAGCAAGUCUCCAUUGUGGCCACAUGUGGACCGUUAGGUGGCAGCACUGGCGUCGCGCGCGGCUCUCUGCCCCCAUGAGCUCCCGGCUCUGCCUUCCGGUGCUCGUCCUGACCAGCCAUGUUCACAGAAACCCCCUGAAAGACAGAGUCGCUAUGGAAAGGUGAAGAAGUCUGCAUUUGGGCGCCCAAGAAGGAACGUGGACAGGUUUUUAUGAACCUAGGAUACUCCCACGAUGAGGCAGCCGGGCUCGUGAUGGUUGGUCAUGGAGCAGCAGCAGGAAACCUGUCCUCCAGGGGACAGGGAUUUUAUUUCCGAGGAAGAGGACCGCCAAAUCCCUGGUCGUGACAUGGGAAGAACGGGCUUUAAAAGUGAGCCGGAGGGCGUGAGGCAGGCCGACAGUGGCGAAGAGCGGGCGGGAGUCCAGGUGGACUGCGCCUGUCAGCCCCCCGCCGAGAGCCAGGACGACUAUGGCUCCCUCUUCUCCCAGUACAGCAGCACGCUCUACAGCGUGGCCAUGGAGGCCGUGACCCAGAGCCUGCUCUCCAGCCGGCACAUGAGCUCCAGGAAGAAGUCUCCUGCCUGGAAGCACUUCUUCAUCUCUCCUCGAGACAGCACCAAGGCCAUCUGCACGUACUGCAUGAAGGAAUUCAGCCGGGGCAAGAACGAGAAAGACCUGAGCACCAGCUGCCUCAUGAGGCACGUGAGGCGGGCCCACCCCACCAAGCUCCUGCAGGAGGAUGGAAGUCUGUCUUCGGGAGCCGCCUGCCCCUCCCCCGUGGCCCUGCCCCCGCCCCCGCCCGCCGAGGGGGGGGGCCUCGGCACCACUCUGUCACCCGUCGGGCUGGUCCAGAAGGUGGCUCCUAAGAUCCCGUCCCCUGACCGAGUGACGGAGGAGUCCGCGUCCGCGGUCUCUUCGGAGGAGGCGUCCUCCGACGUGUCCAUCGCUGACAAGUACGGUCGAGACGAGGCCCUGGCGGGGUCCUCCCCCCACCUUCCCCCACUCCACGACGACGAAGCUGCGGAGAAUGUGGCGGAGCGGAGCUUGGCCCUUCCCAAGGGCUCGUCGGGGUCCAGGCGGCGGUCAGCUGUGUGGAAGCACUUCUACCUGUCCCCCCUGGACAGUUCCAAGGCGGUCUGCGUGCACUGCAUGAACGAGUUCAGCCGCGGCAAGAACGGCAAGGACCUGGGCACCAGCUGCCUCAUCCGGCACAUGUGGAGAGCGCACCGCUCCAUCGUGCUGCAGGAGAACGGGGGCGGCGUGGGCAUCCCUCCCCUGUACCCCGCGCCCCCCACCCUCCUGCCCGCCCUGCUGUCCCCCGAGGCGGAUCCAAACUCGGGGAUGCCGCCGUCGCCAGGGAAGCUGGUCAGAGGGUGCCCUUCCGCCGCCUCCUCCCCAGACAGGCCGAGUGAAGACCCGGGGGACGUGCCUGUGGUGUCAUCCUCCGACGAGCUGGCCGAGGCCUCCCUGGUGUCCUCUCCGGAGAAGCCGUCGGCGGGCCUGGCGAGUCCCAGGCAGGAGUCGGGGGCGGUCUUCCAGCAGAACAAGAAGGUCAUGAGGAGACUGAAGUCCGAGGUGUGGCACCAUUUUUCACUGGCCCCUAUGGACAGUCUGAAGGCCGUGUGUCGGUACUGCAGCUGUGUCAUCAGCCGGGGGAAGAAGGGGGACAUGGGUACCACCUGCCUGAUGCGGCAUCUGUACCGACGCCACCCGGAGGUGGUCGGGAGCCAGAAGGACUUCCUGGGUGCGAGCCUGGCCAACUCCCCGUAUGCCACGUUAGCUUCCGCAGAAAGAGCCUGCACACGGACAGACUUGCCGACAGCGGCCAGGAAGAACCACCAAGUGAUCUUCCCUGGGAGCAGCAAGAAGACCUCCAAACUGUGGAACCAUUUUUCUGUGUGCUCUGCAGACUCCACCAAGGUGGUGUGCCUGCACUGCGGCCGGACCAUCAGCCGGGGCAAGAAGCCCACCAACCUGGGCACCAGCUGCCUCCUGCGCCACCUGCAGCGCUUCCACAGCCAGGUGCUCAAGGCCGACGCUCCCAAGGCCGCGGGGCUCCGCCCCCCCGGCAGCCGGGCGCCCCUCGGCGUGGAGCCCCCGGGGCCGGCCUUCAGUGACCCCGCCCACAAGUUCUAUGAGUCUCACCCGGUUGCCAAAAAGAUCACUAGUCUCAUAGCGGAAAUGAUUGCACUUGACCUCCAGCCAUACUCCUUUGUGGACAGCGUUGGCUUUACCAGGCUGCUCGAGUACCUGGAACCCCAGUACAAGCUACCCUCCCCCUCCUACUUCUCCAGGACCGCCAUCCCGGGCAUGUACGACAGCGUGAAGCAGAUCAUCAUGUCCCGUCUGAAGGAAGCCGAGAGCGGCGUGGUCCACUUCACCUCCGGAAUUUGGAUGAGCAGCCAGACCCGCGAGUACCUGACCCUGACGGCCCACUGGGUCACCUUCGCGCCCUCCGCCCGCCCGCACUGCGGGGACCGCCACCGCUCGGCCCUUCUGGACGUGUCGCAGAUCGACUGUGACUACAGCGGCGGCAGCAUCCGGAGGCAGCUGCAGUGCUGGUGGGAGGCCUGGGUGACCUCCGUCGGCCUGCAGGUCGGCAUCACCGUCACCGACCACCCCAGCGUCGGCAAGACGCUGAGCGAGGGCAAGCACUCGAGCGUGCAGUGCUUCAGCCACACCGUGAGCCUCGUCGUGAGCGAGGCCAUCAAGAGCCAGAGGAUGGUCCAGAACCUGCUGAGCACGGCCCGGAAGCUGUGCGAGCGCGUCUACCGCUCGCCCCGGGCGCGCGAGAAGCUGGCCGAGCUGCAGAAGGCGUACGCGCUGCCGCCGCACCCGCUGCUGCAGGACGUGCCGUCCCGCUGGAGCACGUCCUUCCACAUGCUGGAGCGGCUCAUCGAGCAGAAGAGGGCCGUCCACGAGAUGUCGGUGGAGUGCAGCUUCCGGGAGUCCAUCAGCGGCGACCAGUGGGAGGUGAUGCAGUCGGUGUGCCACGCGCUGCGGCCCUUCGACACGGCCAGCCGGGAGAUGAGCGCCCGCGUGUCCACGCUGAGCCAGGUCAUCCCCAUGAUCCACGUCCUCAGCAGGAGGGUGGAGAUGCUCUUCGCGGAGACCAUGGGCAUCGACACCAUGCUGAAGUCGCUCAAGGAAGCCAUGGCGAGCCGCCUGUCCCCCACCCUCCACGACCCCAGGUACGUCUUCGCCACGCUGCUGGACCCUCGCUACAAAGCCUCCCUCUUCACAGAGGAGGAGGCGGAGCAGUACAGGCAAGACUUAGUCAGGGAGCUAGAGAUGCUGACUUCUACCUCAGAGGACACAGCUACCUCCAACGGCGGCGGCCCAGGGACCCCGUCAAAAGACUGCGGCACAGAGGAGAGCCUGUGGCUGCUCGUGGACAAGGUGAAGCACAGGGAUGGGAGGAAGAAGCUUCCAGAAGACAUGGUGCUGGCGUACUUGGAGGAGGAGGUGCUGGACCACAGCUGUGACCCCCUCACUUACUGGAGCCUGAAGCGCGCCUCGUGGCCGGGGCUGUCCACCCUGGCGCUCAGGUUCCUGGGCUGUCCCCCCAGUACCGUCCCGUCGGAAAAGCUGUUCAGCACACCCACGGAGGCUGGCGGCUGCGCCCAGCCCAGGCUCCUGACGGAGCACUUUGAAAAACUCAUCUUCCUGAAGGUGAAUCUCCCCCUGAUAUACUUCCAGUAUUGAACUUAGGACGGCGCCUCCAGGCUAGACGUGCUCGAGGGAGCACUGACUGUCCCCCGGGGGCCGUGGAGGGCGCACACCGGGCACCCGGGCCGCGUGCCGGCGCUCCCCCGCUGUGGCCGUCGAGUCCUCACCGUCUGUCCGCACGUGCCUUGCUCCUCCCGCGGCCCGGUGUCGGGCGUUUCCAGACGUCCGCCAGACACGGCCCGUCUUGUCUCUUAUGAAAUAGGAUCAUCAGGUUUUAAUUCAUAACUGUAAAGUUUUUUUUUUUAAAUUAAGGGAUAGUCAUUUGUUUUCUAGAAUGCAGAGAAGAUGUAAACAGUUUUAUUCUGUAGGCUUUUUAUUCAGUUGUGUAAAAAAAAAAAAACCAACAAAUCAGGUGCUGUAUUUUAGUUAACUAAAUGUUGCUUUGUUUGCAACAAGACGGCUUUUACGCUGUCAGACAAACCCUGUGAGCAGGAGGUGGCAGUGGAGCGAGCGAGCGAGCGAGCGGCUCUGCCCCGCCGGCUCCCGCGUCCGUGGCGGGUGGAGAGCGGGCCGCGGGCCGCUACCCUGGCGAGGCGUCUGGACGCCGGGCUGAGCCGAGCCCGGCGGCACUGCCCCGUCACGGGGUUUACCUUCAGGUUUUACAGGUAACUCAGAGAUAACCCAACUACUUACCAUGAGCUCCUUGAAAUCGGAUCCACGUGGGUAAAUCCCUACCUAGGACUUAGCCGGCGCGUGGUCUGCUACGUUUACAGCAGGGGCCUGUGGCUCGAGUCUCCACGCCCCGACGGCGUCGGGGUGCACUGACCCCGAGUGCUCAGGUCCGCCCCGGUCCUCGCGGACGCCACGGCGUCCGAGCAGGGAAGGGGCGCUCUGGGGACAACCUGAGGCACUCGGACUUCUCUCUGACCGGAAGAGCAGCCAUCACUGGGGACUGGAAUUCAGCGGAGGUCAGAGGAGAGCAGCUUUUCUUAACGUCUUUAUUUUCUCACCUCACGUCAGUUACAUAGUCCGACUGUGACGCAUCCACAUGCCAUGACCUUCUGAAGUCAUCAUGUCCUGAUACUGUACCUCUGCUCAAUGAAGUUUGCCUGGACGACGCUUUAGUGUAUUUAUAAAUGGUGAACUCAGUUUCUGAAAUUAAACUUUUUAUUUGUAAUUUCUUA